AUGGAUCCGAAAAUCGGCCAACUGGUCAUUGAUACCAACGCCAUUGUACAUGGAACGACCUUGGUCAAUGUCGCUCGAGAAUACUAUACUUGUCCAGAGGUGAUCGAAGAGAUCCGAAGCAGCCACUCUCGCCAGUACCUCGAUCAACUGCCUUUUGAGAUCAAAAUUGAAGAUCCAACCGAAAAUGCUGUGCGAGCUGUGAUGGAAUUCUCCAAAAAGACGGGUGAUUUUGCAUCCUUGUCGAUGCCCGAUAUCAAAGUGAUGGCAUUGACCUACACUUUGGAAGAACGCACAAAUGGUCUUGACAACAUUCGCUCCGAGCCUUUACGUACUCGCCCUACUGGCAAACUUCCUUCGGCACCACCACAAAACACCGCACUCAGAGUUCAAGAUGAUGAUGAUGAUGAUGAACCUUCUGUGGAUGAAGACGGCUGGGAGAUUGCCAAACCAAAGAAAAAGGGUUAUCACAACAGCAAGAAACCUGCCAGCAAAAAGAACAAAAAGAAGCCUGCAGCAGCUGCUGCUGUGGAUGAAACGACAGAGCAAAUGCAAAAUCUUUCAAUGAAGGAGGAGGAGAAGAAGAGCGGUGAUGCCAAGGUGGAUGAUCAAGAAGCAAAAGAGCAGCAACCCUUAUCAUCGCCUACAGCAGCAAACGAUGUGAUUGUUGAAGAGGUGGAAGAUUUCGAUGAAGAUGACGAUGCUGGAUGGAUUACACCAGAGAAUGUCACUGAGCACAGAGCUAUGGAAAUGGGUGUUAAAGCGGAUGAGCUCAACAAUCCCAAAUCCUUAAGCGUGGCAUGUAUGACGGGUGAUUUUGCUAUGCAGAACGUGUUGCUCCAAAUGAACUUGAGCUUGGUCUCUACCGGUGGUCAUCGUAUUACCAAAGUCAAGAAUUGGGUGCUACGCUGUCAUGCUUGCUUCACUGUUACUACCAACAUGGAAAAGAAGUUUUGUCCAAAGUGCGGCAAUGCAUCAUUACAACGUGUAUCAUGCAGUACCAACAGCAAAGGCCAAGUCAUUUAUCAUUUAAAGAAAAACUUCCAAUACAACUUGCGUGGCACUAAGUACGCUCUUCCUACUCCGAAGGGAGGUCGUCAUGUCAACAAUAUCGUUUUGCGUGAGGAUCAACGAGAAUAUGUCAAGGCACAACAGCGGAAACCCAAGAAAGCACUUGAUCUCUUUGAUCCUGAUUUCAUUCCAUUGUCAGGCAAAACGGGUGGCGUGCAUUUAGGCAAGACCGCAAGUAACAUGUAUGGCACGGAUAGAAUUGGAUUUGGUCGAAAGAAUCCCAAUGCAUCAGGGAAGAGUCGAAACCGAAGAAAGUAG